AUGACAGAUUCUGGAGGUUCCAAACAUCGGCGUCAGCGGCUCAACGGAAGACUCUCUGUCGAUCGGUGUGCUAUACUCGAGCUCAUUGUGCAGGUGAGAAAAAACACUUUUUUGCAUGUAUUUUGUAGUAAAUCAUGUUUACUUUUGUUUGCUCAACGACAGGAGACUCCUGCUCAGCCUUGAGAUGAGGGGGUCUGUAGCCUGGCGUGUAGUUUAAAGUCGUGGUCAAACAUAAAACGAAAUACUAUCAGAUCGAAUGCAUGGGCGAGAGUAUAGUCUAUGCAAAUGCAAUAACUCGUUUCUUUUACAGCUAUGUUCCGACAAUGCGACGCAUUUCAAAAAACUCGCUCAAUCAGGCGGCAACGGCUACAACGAACGCAUGCCGGCUGUUCAGACCGUUCUUCAGUCGGCCAUCGAAACACUGAAAGGUUUUGUCACCAUCCUUUUUCUCAUAUUCCAAGACGCCGGUUUCCAGGCAACAUCGAGAGGCUUCAAGAAGUCGCUCCAAAAUAUGACUACGAUGAGAAAACACCAGGAAACGGAUACAGGUGCGGGCAUAUUCUAGUUCACAUCAAAGUCGUUUUUGCUGACGCAAGCAUGUCUUCCUUCCGCUUAAUUGAUCAAAUUGGCGCGGACAUGUGGACUAAUCAGAAACCAAAUAGUUGGCAGAGAAGGCGAAACAUCAGUUUCUUGCAAAGAUUUGUAUACAUAGUUCUAACGUAACGGGUUGGAAGACUUACUUAGAUGUCGAGAAGUUUUGCAGAAUAGCGCAAUGCAUUGCUAAAUGGUUACUAGACGUGCUACUUUAUGCAUUUCCGUGUUCACUCCUCAAGAUUCACUGCCUAUUUGUCAUUUUAUACUUCCGCCCCGUGUUACCUUUUUUUGAUGCGAUGAAGCAUGAUGAGGUUUCUGAUGUCUGUCGUGUUUUUUUUCUGACUGACUAGAAUACACUUCUCGUUUUUGUGACGUAUGUUUGAAUUUCAAAAAGCGCAUAAAAAGCAGCGCGGAUUACCCGUAGUCAAGGAUAUUGAGAAUGAAUAAUGCAUUGUUCUCUUCUUUUUGCCAUUAGACUAAUGAAAACGCAAGGGGAAAAAGCAAAGGAAAAAAAUAAAUGCAUAAUCUUUAGUAUAAUAAGAAUAAUCAUUGAUGUUUGAAACCAUCAUAGCUACCGAUUCAAAAUCGCAUAAUGUUUGCUUUGCAGAAGUCUCAUUUGUAUCUGUGACACCACUCUCAUGCACGUCGUCGCGUUGCAAAAAGCGGUUUUGGAGCAACGCGGAUACUUUGUCUUCAGAAUCUCUCAUUUCUGCAAAGAAUUGGAAGCCUAUGCGACAGUAAUUGACUAUUUGAACAAGUCGAUUCCAUUGGUAACAGCAAAUGUGGGAAUUAGAACGUAGAUCUUGUAUUUCAGUGCCUCGAAAGCGAGAAAAGUAUGCGAGGCUCUUUGUUCCCACCAUUGGAGGGCGAAUACGAUACGUAUCAGGAGAUACUUCGCAUCAUGGAAAAACUCGACUCUUCCGUCUUCUUCGGCCGUCCCAUCGGGUUCCAGUUCUCGCCAUCCAUCAACAAAAUCUUCCGUAUUAUCGGAGUUGUGCUGGCCACGUACAGUCUUUCAUGGGAAAAGGGACACGGAGCAAUCGGAUCUCUCAUCAACACGGGCAGAUUCUUUCUGAGCCCAGAGCAACGCGCCGAACGCAUAAUUAAAGUGACAAAAGAAGCGGAUAUCGAUUUCUGCAAAGGAUUCUGGAAUCUUUCGGAACUGAGCAAUGUGAGUUGAAUUUUGUAUGAAUGCCCUGGAAACACAUCUGAUUUCUUGCAGAACAUGCCCAAGUUCUUCUGCCCUAAUAUGGCACUGAACGAGCUAAGAGAGGUACCGCUGGAAGGACCAAUUCCGAUGGAAGGCAAAUGCGGCGAGUUUGUGAUGGUGCCGGAGCCGACAGCACACACCGGACCGAGACCCGUGCAAUACAGAAUCCUCUCUACAGUUCACAGACAGGGGCUGUCUUCGUCCGCCCUCUCCACUACUCAUCCGCCAUCCAAGCAUCUCAUUCUUCACUGCCAUGGAGGUGGUUACGUGGCUACUUCCAGCAAAUCUCAUGAAGUCUGUUCAGUCAAUUUCUAAUCAAAAUACGAAGAGUGUUCGGUUUAGACAUAUCUCCGUCAAUGGGCAAAGGCGUUGAAUUGUCCAGUUGUUUCUGUCGAGUACUCGUUGGCUCCUGAAAAUCCGUUUCCGAGACCGACGGAAGAAGUGCUUUUUGCCUACUCAUGGAUCAUCAACAAUCCGGCGGCAUUUGGUUCGUUCUCUACUUUUGUGUGCACAUGUUUUUCAUAAACAAAUUAUGUUUAGGCUGGACUGGUGAGAAAAUUGUGAUGGUUGGCGACUCGGCGGGAGGCAACUUGAUUAUGUCGGUGAACUUGCGUCUCAUCCAGCUGAACAUCAAGAGACAACCGGACGGACUCAUCCUCUGCUACACUCCGUUUCUGUUUCAGGUGAUGCAUACGGCACGUACCUAAACAUUCAUUCAAUAAUUUCAGUACCUGCCCUCACCGUCACGCAUGCUCAGUGUCAUGGAUCCUCUCCUCCACAUGGGAGUUGUUCUCCGAUGCGUGGCUGCUUAUACUGGUGCUUAUGGAGCUCAGAUUAACAACAACAAGUUGCGGAAGAGCCGAAAUCAUCUCGGCGGCGGGGACAUGUAUGCAUCUCAUCGGUCCCUCCAGGAAUACGUGAAUGAAGUUCAAAAGACAAAAGUUGACUUUUCGGUGAGAGCAAUUCUCACAAACAAUUUCAGUCUUAAAUUUUGCAGGGAGGAUCCCAAUCAAUCGUCUCCUUGGUGCAAAAGAGUCACGACAAUGACGGAUUUGCCAAGACGGAAGGCAAUUCUUACUUCAAAAAGAAAUCAGCUACCGAUCUCAAAUCGGCCGCUGAAUCCACAGACGAUAAGGAAGCCGGAAAAAGUGACAGUGACAGUGAAGACGACGCCCUGGAGACCACGAGCAUCGCCAGUGUUCAGGUGAGCUCUUGCUGUCCGUGGGUGGCUUUCCUAUAUUCAGAUUCUUUCAGGUCGACGCAGAUCCAUUCCACAUUCAAUUGAAUCACACAAUGCAUGACGACGAUCUCAUUAGCUUCCUCAGUCAUCACCCAAUUACUCGAAAGUAUGGCCCCUGCUCUUUGAGCAGUAAACUAACUGAAAGAAUUUCAGUGCGAUGAGUCUGACUCCCGAUGUGAGCGAGGAUGAUAUCGAAUUGACUGAUGCACGAAUCGAGCUGGGACUCGAAGCAACGUACCGAAAUUUUAGAUAAAAAAUAAAACCGGUUUUUCUUCCAGUGAACACCUCGCCAUUGAAGAAGUGAUCGCAGAGGACUCGAAGAGUGGUGACGAAGUCUCAACACCGUCCACCGAGAGCAUUCAAGAGGCUCACACCACAAAACGUCCCCGCCUCCUGCAGAUGCUCAGCAGUGUCACAUCUCGCGAGAAUCGGGACAACUCACAAACUGCUCCUUCGACGCCGUCUCAACAACCGAAGCCGAUCUCUCACAGUAGCUCUAUGAAUGGAUUCAAUCCACCUGUGGUAAGAAAAAAAUGAAAGAACAUCCUCAAAUCGUCUUCUUUAGCACAAGAGAUCUUUGUCGCAAAGCUUGGCGGACACUGCCGCUUCGACGGCCGCCUACGCACUCGAUAACCUGCAAGAUUGGUUCGAUCGCCCGCAGAGGGAAAAAGUGAAAUUGGACAGGACAGUGUCGAGGAAAGAGGAUGGAGAGGCACUGGAGGAAGUGAUGGAGGAGGACGAGCGGCCGUCGCACCUUCUCGAGCUGGUCACGUCGGGCACCGUUCCCAGGGAUCCGCUAAUUUCUCCGAUGUACGCUGACAGCGACACCAUCCGCGAGUUGCCACCUUGCUACUUCAUGGUACUGAAACAGUGUGAAGUGAACAAGAUUCACCAAAACAUUUCAGGCUUGCCACAUGGACCCGCUUCUCGAUGACACUAUUGCUUUCGCCGGAAAACUCCGUGACGCCGGUGGAAAAGUGAUGUCGGUGGAUGUUCUCUCGUCCGUCCCGCAUGGUUUUCUCAACUUCACUCUCAUAUCUCCGGAGUGCAAGAAAAGCGGCAAAGUCUGCAUCGGCCGUCUCAAAGAAGCUCUCGGAAUCACUGCCGAAAAGGCUCAUUGA